AUGGCCUCUCUCCCGGCUGAUACCGCGGCUGGAUCGACCUUUUUUGAGGGCAGCCAUGAAGAGGACGAAGAGAACAAAGCCCCCGAACCAAACCGCAGCAGCGAUGCAGAUGACCCUGGCAUCCUGAAAGCACCCCCGGAGCACCUGAGGUUCACCUCCUCGUCAACUCAAAAGGCAUGCAUGGUUUCCGAGUCCUUUGUUUCUCGUUCGGCAGAUGAGGGCUCUUCUGUUUGUCUAGCCCUGCGUCCGGUGCACCCUGACCGAAAUGGUGGAGGCCGGUGUCCAUAUACGGCUGCUCCAAUGCCUUCACCUCGCCGCGAAGGGAGCCCUCUUGGAGAUUUACGCAUUCGAGCUGUUUCAAAGGUUUUUUUGCGUCUUGAAGAGGCCCCCAGGGCAGUCCGCGACCUCUGGAAAAUUUCUUUCGAAGGCAAACAACUGCGCAGGAGGAAGCUUUUAUUUCAGAUAGACCUCAACGAGGUCUGCAGCUGGAUAUCAGUCCGGUUGGAGACCGAUUUACUACCCCCUUGUGGGGCCUUGGCGGAUUCCUCGGCCUACGCUGAUGCAACUGCAGUGUACGGACAGCUGGUGCCGCAGCUGCUCUGGGCCGCUGCAGUGGCAAUGUCUGCAUUGAUCUCUUUGACGCUUCAGGAAGCAACAGCUCUAUGGGCGCGCCUGCAGCUUCUUGCAUUAGAUGCCACAAGCAUUAGCGCCGUUGCAGCAGCAGACAACCUCAAGUCGGGGAAUGCCAGUGCGAUCAGACGCCAGGAAGGAUUUUCUGGUCUGUGCGGCCGCUCCCGAGUCUUUGGCCGCCGCAAGCGCCGUAGAUCACAGCACCAGCAACAACAGCAGCAAGGCCACGAUGACCAGCAGUUUGCUGGGGACACUUCACUACAGCUAGCAGAUGUUGCAGAAAGCGGUGCGGAACCAGAAUUUUUGCUGCAGCGUAUCAGCAACGCUCGCAAAGAGCCCAGGGAGGUAAAAGGGCCAGCUGCGCUUACCAGGUAUGCCAGUGAUUCGUUGCUUUUGCAAAAUUACCCCUAUAGCAGCAUUAACGGCACUACAAACAGCAGUAGCAGCACCGGUGUAGUAUCUGAAUGUGUGGUGCCUGUCCCACCUUUUAGGUACCUUGGCUCAUUUGACAAACUUCAGAGUGCUACACUUUUGAGUCCUUCGGCUGCUUCUUCUCCAUUCGCAGCCCUGCGUCAAGAUUUAAUGCAGCUCGGGGCCUUGAGGUCACCUGGAGGAGGUGGAGUUCCCCUUAGAGGGGCUUCUUCUACUGGCUCCAGCACUACAAGCCUUGGUGCUUUCGCCCCUCAUCAUCUUGCGGCCGCUGCUGUGUCAGUUGCAGAAUCGCCCUCCAGCAAAUCUAAGCAAGCAGGGACCAGCCGUCCUGAGCACUGGGCGCUGAUGUCGUGGCAGUCCGCAGCAGCGGCAGCAGCUGCUGCUGCUGCUGCAGUAGUGCAGCAAGGCUUAUCCCGGCGUAGCUCCUUCAGCUCGGUAGCAAGCGACCUGCUGCCCCCGUCCAGCUAUCAGCAGCAGCAACAUCAUGGUUUGCUUGCGCAAGAGCCGUUGAGCUUGGAAGUUGCCGUGGGUGCCGCUGUAGAUCCGAGAGUUGCUUCUCCCUUCAGACUGCAGCAGCAUCAGCAGCGCUCGCUUUUGCCAUCCGAGCCAUCAUCCAUAGACAGCGAGAACAGCAAACGAACAAGGGAUUCGAUGCCAGCUAUCAGGACGCCUGAUGGCUGGGCCGCGGACCCGUCGCUGCUAGAGCAGCAAGAUGGGGACCUUGGGGGCUGGCACUUUCCAGAAGAAGACUCUGGGUGGGCCCAAGGCAAGGGUGCUGAGGCAACAGCAGCAGAAACACCCCAGACACCAGUAUCAGACACUGGCGAAGUGCAAUUGGCCCUGGCAGUCCCUGGAGAUCUGCGGCUGCAGGAGCUCGUGCAGCGGGUUUGGGCGACGGAUCGACCAAAACGGAGGCCGGGAUCGCACCAAAAGGUUCAGCUAGACAAGAUAAUUUCGCGUUCUGCUUUGAACGAAGAAGCAGCAGCGGCAGCGAAGGCAGAAAAGAACAGGAACAGCGCUCCAGGCACGGGUGUGGUGCCGGAGGAACCACUAUCGGCCUCGAUGCGUUUGCUCCAAGAGGGCACGGAGGACAGCGAAGCUCUCAAAAGAAAUUUUCGGUGUUACUCGGGGAUGCUAAAGAGACAACUGUGCCUACGUGCCCUUCUGCGGCAGCAUCAAGAGCAGCAUCUGCUUUCGUUGCAGAAACUGCCUCGCAAACGGCUCGACAGUGGACAAGGCCCGACAGCUGGAACGGGGGGAAUGACUCUGGCGUUGCUAUUGUCAGGCGCUCAUUGCCGACCUCUACUGCCCUCCGCAGCGGAAGCAGCAUCAGCGGCACUGCGUGGUUGCUCUCUAGGAGGUCCCGUGAAGACCUUGCAACAGCAAAAACAAUGCGAGUUGCAGAAGCACACUGCUACUGAAAGUGUGCAGGCGCUCACAGCGCGCUGUGCGGUGGGUAGGCCUUGGUUCCGGGAGACUCCAAAUGGUGUUGAUAAUUCUCUGGAAGCCACACGGGAAGCUUCAGACGCAGCAGCAGACGCAGCAAGGACAACAGCAGACGCAGCAGCAGCAGCAGCUGCAGCUGUUGCUCGUCGACGGAGAUCGUCCUGGCUCGACAGAGAAAACGUCCUUAGAGGCUUCGAAAGUCCGCUGCCCCCAGCAGAGUUUAGCGAAGGCAAUGAGCCUGAGCCCUGGGUAGACACCAACUGGGAGGAUGCCGCAGAUGAAUACCAUCAGCAGGCGCAGGUGCACCACCAGAAACAGCAGGAACAACAUAAACAAGGACGUGCGAAAGAGUCUUUGGGCAUCUUUGCUGAAGAGCCACGACGACAGCAACAAGACCCCCAUGUAAACGAAACAUCACUUAGCCCCAUUCACGGAAACUCUCAAGGCCUCUAUAGGAAGAAAGACGGAGCCAUUAUAACUUUGUGGCCUUCUGCUGCUGAUCUGUUCGAGUUGGUGGAGCGUCACUAUGUGCCGGGCGCUGCUGGCUUUGCGUCACAUCCCUACAACACUCCACCUCCACCGUCCGCUGCUCCUUCUCCAGCUAGUUUGUCAACUCUGUUGAAUGGCCGUAGCCGCCGCACUGCAGCGAGAGCCUUUCGGGACGCAUUGACACUCCACUCAUAUGGCCUGUGCUUUCUUAAGCAAGAUAUGCCUGAGCCGUCAGAAAAGGACGCUUUAGGGUAUCCGCCUCUGCUCAUAUUUUCACAGGAUGCUGCAGAGGCGAGGGAGCUUCUCGGUAGUACUGCAAAGCGCGCAGCUGCAACAGCAGCUGCGACUUCUUACUCAGCUGACGCAGCGCAAUCACCAGCACCAACGGCAGCCGCAGCAGCAAAUGCUGGUGCUGAUGCAGUGACCGCUUUGCCGAAAGGGACUUCUGUCGAGCCCUGUGCUUUCCCUCUAGUUAACGAAGGGACUGCAGGUGGUAUCCCUAGUGUCGCGACAAAAGUCACAGCAAGACCCCAGGCAGCUGCAGUUGCUGCCCUGGCAGCAGAUGCUGCAGCAGCAGAAGCAGCAGAUACGGGAAUGGCCCCCAUCAGCGAUGAACAGCUGGAGCAGGCUGUACAGUGGCUUGUGACUGGGCUGUUGGACCGGCUCCAGGAGCAGUCGCGACUGCAUGCCCAUGAAUUGGUCCACUGGUUUGUUCACGAAUUGCUGCCUUCCAGUGAUUUUGCACACGUCGCAACCCCUGCAGCAUGGGAGGCGAAGGCGGUAUACGCAAUUUGCACCCUAAUAGACGAGGGUGUCUUUGUAGCUUCUGCUGCUGCUCUUGAUGAGGCUCCUGUAAGGAUGAAGAUCACAGACAGGGUUUUUGGGGGAAAUGCCACGGGACUAGAGUGUCCAUUCUGGUUAGAAGGUGUCGCCGACGUCGACUAG